CAAAACCUAAAUCCCAUGAAGAGAAACAAAAGUUGGAGCUGCAAAGUUCAAGUUGUGAUGGAGAAGAGCAAGUCAUUUCCAGAAUACUCAUCGUCUUUUUCAGGCGAAUUCGGGUUCCAAGAUCGAUCAAAUUCAUACACCUUCAACGGCCCAUACAGCAAAGGAAAUGGAUUCGCCUCAUCAACUGAUCCAGAGCUUAAAAGGAAGAAAAGAAUAGCCUCCUAUAACGUUUUCACCAUGGAAGGUAAGGUUAAAUCCAGCGUCAGAAACAGCUUCAAGUGGAUCAAGAACAAGGUCACUGAUGUUCGUUAUAGCAGUGUUUGAUACUUUGAUACUUCAUUGUUUUGCCAGGUCAUGAAUUGUAUACAGUUUUUUUUUUUUUUUUUGGUGUGUUUUCUUCUUGGUUUAUUUUCUUGGAAAAUUUUAUUUUCUCAGGAAAUCAACACAAAGAGAUGUUUAAAGUUCUCUUCGCACGGAUACUUAUUGGGGUGUAAGUGUAUUUGGGUUUAAUGAAAAUAUAACUGAUCACGAGUUUUUUCUUAUU